AUGACCACCAAAGCAUUCGAACACCAGCAUAAAAUCUCCGACAAGACAUUUGAAGUCGAGGUAAGGUCAUCAUCAGAAUCGGUCUUUUCAGAGGACUCGACCACCAGCACUCUGCUCGAUGAUGCAUCCUUCCAUCCAGACACAACAUUCCACAUUGCCGCACGGGGCAUUGGUGUUUGGCGCUUACCACUGCCAUCGUCGGAGGUCGAGAUUCCAAUCUAUCGCAACGACGGCAGUCUUGCAUACACAUCCACGCGGGAGAAGAGAUCUUCAGGCAACUGCGUCCUCAGCCAUCCCAAAAUUGGAGACCUUGUCAGCACAACAUAUUUCUUCGGGCCCAAUCGUGAACCCGUCCUGAAAUUGCUGCAAGCACCUGGGGAACCUGAUGGUGAAGCCAACUCAAUUAACAUCAAGGGCAAAUGGGUCUCGAGGUCCACAGCCUUCAUCAUGGGUGACGGAAGGGUUUUCGAGUGGAGCUAUGCACAUACCAAGGACAGUCAAGGCACGAGAGUAAAGCUCAUUGUUCUACGGCAACAAGAGCAGUCUGAGGUGAAGAUGAAGGGUGACAAGGGGGGUAGAAUUCUCGCUCAAUUGGUCCGUGGCAAGGAGACGCGUGCAGAAGGCUCAAAGCGCUGCACUGCUGGAAAUGGAGGACAACUUAUGCUAGAUCAGGAUGCUACAAGCCAUCUUGAUGAAGCAGUGAUCAUUGCGACAUGCCUGAUGAUGUUGAAGAAGGAGAUUGACAGGAGACGAACUAUUCAGUUCAUGAUGCUAAGUGGUGCUGCCAGUGGGGGUAGUUAG